AUGGCGCUACGAGUUAAAUCAAUGUUUCGCUUCUUGGACUGGGUCCUAGCAAGCAACCCGCAAAGGCUGUCUCCUGGGGACUUGGCACUGAAACCUGCCAUGGGGUGGGUAUGUCUGGGCGGGAAGGGAGGCGCCAAGCGGCACCGCAAAGUGCUGCGGGACAACAUCCGGGGCUUCACCAAGCCGGCCAUCCGCCGCCUGGCCCGCCGCGGGGGCGUGAAGAGCAUCUCGGGGCUCAUCUACGAGGAGACCCGCGGGGUGUUGAAGGUUUUCCUGGAGAACGUCAUCCGCGACGCCGUCACCUACACGGAGCACGCCAAGAGGAAGACCGUGACCGCCAUGGACGUGGUCUACGCCCUGAAGCGCCAGGGCCGCACCCUCUACGGAUUCGGCGGCUAAAUCAAAGUCCCUGCACUUAGUCGACCCAAAGGCCCUUUUCAGGGCCACCUAUCCCCGCAUAGAAAGAGCUGGGAUCAUUUCAAUUGGGAAACGUUGAGUUAACGCUAGCGUAAAAAUGUUUUGAGUUCUUAUAUAUUUGCUUAUAGUUGCCAGUCACUUGAGUCGUGAAGCAAAGAUGCUUGCCCUGCGCUCCAGAAAUGCUGCUGCUGCUGGUGCCCCGGGAGGUGUGUGGGAUCAGACAAGGCUGGAUCUCGGGGCUGCGGAAGGAGGGAGCGAGCUUUGCUGAAGUAUGGCUUGACCAGAGUUUGCAACAGUUGCCUGAGCGCUUCGGACGAGGCCGCCUGGCGCCCCCAGCACCCUCCCCCCCCCGCGCGGCAUGGGAGUGGGGGAUUUGAGUCCCAGGCACAGACGGGUGUCUCUUCCCCACCUCCAGUGGUUUUUCCCUGGGAGGAGGGACUUUCACAACCCUCUACGGUUCCCCCACCUGGUCUGUGCAACUGCAGUGGGGGAAGCAACGUGGCUGCAGUAGGUGGGCGCCGGAGCAGCCCCCAGCCAUGAUCAGAGGGCCGGGGAGUUGGCAGAGGCUUGGGUGCUGCGGAGGGGGAAGAUCUCGGAGAGGAGCGACCUGCUCUGAGUGAACUCCAUCACAGCAGGUGAAGGGGACCGUAAGGUGGCCUGAGAGUGGGUGCUCAGUUCAGGAAGCGCUGGCCGCGGUGCACACCUAAUUAAUUUAGGCUUCUUGUCAGAAAGUUUACUGCAGUAAGGGCUGCUUCUCCGCUUGCUGGAACCAUCUGCGGCUUCCCCCGCCCUUCCCAACUCGCUGGGCGACUUGUCCCCUCAAGGGCCAGCAAGGCAAGACCAACUGGCAUGUGUCCUGGGAAGAGUUGCUGCCUGGGCUCCCAGCACCGUGCUUGCGGUGGAGAGGUGCAGGCCCUGAAACGCCAGGCUAAGUCUGUCCAGGAACAAAGUCAUCCCGAGUAUUCGACCCCAAGGUCCUUUUCAGGGCCACCUACCCCUGCACAGAAAAGGUGGGCCUGUUCCAGGUGAAUGCACUAAUAAAGAUGUCCUAGAAAUUAUUCGCUUGUAAACGCUGUAUAAAAAGUUUCUAUUGACCUAAGUAAUGUUCGGCAAGGAGGCUAGUGUAGACCAAGGGGCUGGCUAGCAAUGA